UCCCCUUGACAUAUAAACACCCGUCAACCACUGUAAGAAACAUGCUCCGCCCCAUUGGUUUUAUUACUGAUUCACUCAUGAAGGCGACCUUCCUUCAUGACAGUCGAACAUCGACGGGGAGGCGCACUGACCUUCUCAUCCUACGCAAACAGCAUCUUGUUCCUUACAAACCAGAACUACCAGUUCCUCUGGAUCCCCCGGCUGGCAUCCCAUCAUCCUGAGGUCUGUCCAACACUGAUGCUGGAUCUCCAGUGGGAGUGGAAUGGUUAAUGGCCAUGGCAAGCUGUAAUCAGUGGACACCAUCGUCCUCUCCUCAAGAUGAUGUCAACCUGGGACCUUCAGCAAACCCACACGCCAGGCCCACUGACUUUGACUUCCUGGCUGUCAUUGGCAAGGGGACCUUUGGAAAGGUCCUGCUCGCCAAGCUCAAAGCAGACAACAAAUUCUACGCCGUCAAAGUGCUGCAGAAGAAAGUCAUCCUGAAGAAAAAAGAGCAAAAGAACAUAAUGGCAGAGAGAAAUGUGCUGCUGAAGAGUCUGAAACAUCCAUUUCUGGUUUGCCUCCACUACUCCUUCCAGACCCCAGAGAAGCUCUACUUUGUCCUUGACUAUGUAAAUGGAGGAGAGUUGUUCUUUCACCUGCAAAGAGAGAGGUGUUUCUCAGAGCCCAGAGCGAGGUUCUAUGCAGCCGAGGUAGCAAGCGCUGUUGGUUACCUUCACUCUCUAAACAUAAUCUACAGAGAUCUAAAGCCAGAGAAUAUUCUCUUAGACUCCCAGGGACAUGUUGUGCUGACAGACUUUGGGCUGUGUAAAGAAGGAAUAGAGGCAGAAGGAACCACGUCUACUUUCUGUGGAACUCCAGAAUACUUGGCACCAGAGGUUCUACGAAAGGAACCUUAUGACAGGACAGUGGACUGGUGGUGUCUGGGAACAGUGCUUUAUGAGAUGAUCUAUAGCCUGCCUCCUUAUUACAGCCGUGAUGUCACUGAAAUGUACGAUGGGAUCCUGCACAAGCCGCUGUUCCUGCCCCCUGGGAAGUCUGACGCUGUUUGCUCUCUGCUGGUGGGUCUACUGCAGAAGGACCAGCACAGACGCAUCGGAGCCAUCGCCGACUUUCUGGAAAUAAAGAACCAUAUAUUUUUCUCACCGAUUAACUGGGACGACCUCUACCACAAGAGAACCACUCCUCCUUACAACCCGAAUGUGAGAGGCCCAGCUGAUACUCAGCAUAUUGAUCCAGAGUUCACCAGAGAAAUGGUUCCUAACUCGGUGAGUCGGACGCCGGAGCUCAAUGCCGGAACCAGCGCCAACAACGCCUUCAAUGGCUUCUCAUAUGUCGCCACUGAAGACAGCUUUCUGUGAGGCAGUCGUUAACUGUUCAAACCUUUGAACAGGGCGAUUGAUUUAUUAAAACUCUUUGACCAAA